GUUGCAGUGGUAUGUUGCAACCGUACUGUAUUUACCAUACAUAGUACCAUACCAGAUGCACAGUGCACACAACACACAACACACUGCAAACAGCCUGCUGACGUUUUGUCUUGGCGUGUGGAUGCCACGGUACCGUACAGACAGUACCAUACCGUUUCAGUGUUCACUGCUCUCUCUAACGGCGGAGGAUUGCUCUCCCCUUUUUCCCUUCCUCUUCGUCUUGUCCUUCUCGAGACUCGCUCAAUUCCAAGACCUUGUCCAGGCUGGUGACCGGCUGAUCUUGUCCUGCCCCCUUGCUUUCUUCCACACCUCCCUUCAAUCGUCCGUCGUCGUCGUCGUCAUAGUCGUCUCCAUAAUUAUUAUUACUGUCGCCGCCAUCCAUACCUAGCCAUCAUCGGUCUCGGCGCCUCCGCCCCCCUCCUCCCGACCCGCCCCUGUUACCACGACCGUUACUCUUUUCCCCCUCUCUUCUCCAACGAUGAGUUCUCUGUGAACAAUUCCACGCUGUGAGGAUUCUAUCCGUGCGAUUUGUUUGGGAAUUGGCUAGCCAGCUGCUGUCCAUCUAGUCCUCCCGGACAUCCCGAAAUCAUAUCGCCUUUUCCCCUUUUUGGACUCACAACCAUAGGCGUACGCAUUUCCAGCUGUGUCUGAUCCCUUGACCCUCGAGGCCUCUGGCCAUGACAAUUUACUGAGACCCAUGCGAUUCAUUCUGUCGGAUUCGAAAUCGCAAUCUGUCACCGGGUUUCUUUUCCGCGGCACUGCAACUGUUUACCCCUUGACGCAAGUGGCUAUCUUUCAGAUGGGUUUCAUGUAGGCUGGACCACACCAUCACACAGCUUGAAGGACACUUCUGCGUCCCCUCAAUCAUGCAUUGGAAGGGUUUGCGGAUUAGCGUUUUCGAUGGCAAUGAUUCCAAGAGGCAUACCGUCGUCGAAUCACCCGCCCAGUCCGACCAGGAAGAGCAUCAGCCCAGUUCAAGCCUCCACACGCCGCAGGUUCAAUCGAGACAUUCCGAGUCCGCUCCCCGUUCGCCCCGUUUAGCGGACCUCGAUGAUAAGAAACGACUUUCGGCCCCGGAAGGGGGCAUGCAGGAUGGUUCCAAUCAGGACGACUCUAACCCUCCCAAAUCAUCCUCGGAGACGCAGAGCCUGCGCAGGAACCGGUUUAGUUUCUGGCGACUCCGUCAUGCAUCGGACCCGCAUUUAAAUGAAUCUUACACGAAGGCCGGGGAAAAUAUUCCUCCUGUGCCCCCUUUACCACCGCCUCCGAUGAUCAUUACCACGUCACCCACGGCCGAUGAACAGCAAGGCGACCCGGUCAAACGGAAUAAUAAACUCAAAUUCGCUCCGGGAUCGAAGGAAGACUCCUAUACAGGCGCGUUGAGUCAAGGUGAAGAUAUAGAGACACGGCACGUGGUCCAGGCUUCCGCGGACUCUAGCCUAGCAACUUCUCGCGCCAGUACUGAAGAACGAAGCCGCCAUGUGGCUACACCGCGAACAAGCGGUGGCGAUGACCGCCGCCCAAACGACUCACAACAUACCUCGACAGACGUGCGGCUUUCAGAGUCCUCUCGGUCGGACCAGAGUGUUGGGGACCAAGGUGGACCGGUUGCUCAUGAGGACUCGAUUUUCAACAGUAAAUGGUUUCGUUUGCCGAAAAUAAAGAUGAAUCGUUCCUCGGUCUUUCCUAUAUCUCAAAAGCCCCGGACUGGACCUAACUCGAAAUCAAAAUUCAUGGACGCAGCCCGGAAGUCCGUCUCCACCAGCGCUACCCCAAAGUCCGUUGCUUUGGAAGGACAGGAACCUGGUCAAGUUUCUCCUCUGCCGUCUCCAUCUCGUUCAACAACAAGACCAUCUUCUCCAGCACACCCUGUGCUGAGGAAUAGCUCAACGAGAUCUGCACCCUCUAUCAGGUCUCUCUCUUCCAAUCCGCACCAAAACCCCCAAAAACCCCGGCAGAGAUCAUCCACAUUAGACUCUACGGUGGAGACUCAGGAUGACCAUCAGCAACAGCCCCCUCAUCUGGUUUCGUCUGGACGUACGUCCUCCUCGACAAGUGGGCGGAAAAGCUUUGGAGAUCUCCUUGGUAUCUCCCACCGAUUAAGACAAAACUCCGAACCGCCUGUCCCGCGAAUAGGGUCUCCUGCGGUAGGCGGUGCGGCAACUCCAGUCUCGACUGCCGGUUCCUUCUUUGUCCCCCAACGCGAGGAAGAUGAUACCCCUGCCACGUACCUUGCCCGUUUGCGGGAGCACUCGCCUCGGGGUGCUAUAGCAGGUGCUCUUGCACAGUCCGAUGACGAAUUCUACCAGACGGCAUUGCGAAAGUACAUGAGAGAGUUCUCGUUCUUCAAUGAUCCGAUUGACAUGGCCAUUCGAAAGCUCUUAAUGGAAGUUGUCUUGCCUAAAGAGACCCAGCAGAUCGACCGUGUUUUGCAAGGAUUCGCAGAUCGGUAUCAUGAAUGCAAUCCAGGCAUCUUUGCUUCCUCGGAACAAGCUUAUUUCAUUGCAUUUUCGAUACUAAUCUUGCACACGGACGUCUUCAACAAGAACAACAAAAGAAAGAUGCAAAAGCAAGACUACGUCAAGAACACUCGGGGAGAGAGCGUAUCGGAUGAUAUUCUCGAGUACUUUUACGAGAAUGUCUCUUAUACCCCGUUCAUCCACAUUGAAGACACCAAUGUUAGUAGCAGGUAUCUUGCAAAGCCCAGAAGGGCUUUGUUCAGGACUACUAGUGCAGAAAAUCUUCCUCGACCGUCAAGAGAACCCGUGGACCCAUACACUCUGAUCUUGGAGGAUAAACUUGAUACAUUGAAGCCAAAUUUCAAAGAUGUUAUGAAUCUGGAUGAUACCUACAGUUGUACGGGACCUUCAGGUCCAGCCGACAUGAAGAGUCUGCAUGAGGCAUUUGCCAAAUCUGGCGUGUUGCAGAUAUUGUCACCGCGGUCCAGACCAGAUGCCUUCAUGUCGCCAUCAAGUAUCGAUAAUCCUGCUGGCUCUCAACCGGGUCUGGUGGAUAUCAGGGUGGCGAAGGUUGGUCUGCUCUGGCGGAAAGACCCGAAAAAGAAGAGAGCCAGGUCUCCCUGGCAAGAGUGGGGUGCAAUUCUCACGUUUUCGCAACUUUAUUUCUUUAGAGAUAUCAACUGGGUGAGGUCGUUGAUCUCCCAGCAUGAUUUACUGCAGAACGAAGGCCGUCGGCGAACUGUGAUCUUCCGGCCUGCUCUUACCGAGUUCAAACCGGAUGCUAUCAUGUCCACGUAUGAUGCGGUAGCCCUGCUGGAUUCAGGGUACAAGAAACAUAAACAUGCUUUUCUCUUUGUUCGUCAUAACGCAUUGGAGGAGGUCUUCCUCGCCAAUACAGAAGCUGAUAUGGAAGAUUGGGUAGCCAAACUCAACUAUGCAGCAGCUUUUAGAGCCACUGGGGUGCGGUCUAGGGGAAUGAUGGCCGCCAGUUACGACGCUCAGAAAUACCGGAACUCCAACAUGGACCCUUUUACUGUGGACGCAUCAGCGCAAUCUGUUGACUACGAGCCACCAUCCCCUAAUAUCGAGGCCAGCAUUUCACCUGAUCUAGCCAUAGCUUGUCAACACCUCAUGGCGCAGAGAGUCCGCGAAGCGAAUGAGAAGCUUUUCGUCUGUCAAGCACAGCUCGACGAUCUUCUAAGGAACGCUAGGCACCUGCAGAUAUUGACUCCGAUUCAACCGAGAACGCGGGAACAAGUUAUAAUGGCUGCAGGACGUAUGGCUGCAAAAGUCAAGUGGGUGAGGCAAGAUAUCUGGCGCAUCAGGUCUUACAAGUCUGUCCUUCUCCGCGACAUGGGCGAGGAAACCUGGAACUCAGCGCCUGAGCAAAUAGAACCACUCCCAAGUACUGGGGCGGGCACUUCUGCGUUGGAUCCAGGCAAUGUGCCAACAGGAGAAGUGAACUUGUCCCAAGGGCCUGAAUCCUCUUACACCGCCAACGACAAGCCUCCUCCUGAGGACCCAACAGUCUUUGAUGAGUCUACCCAAGUCGACAGUGUGCCGUCUGCACCGCCUGCAUCUGUCGAUGUGCGGAGACCUAGCAUUCCAGUAUCCACGACUUCGUCGGAAUUUGUUCGCUCGGGCCGGAAGGGCUCCGUAGACAAAGCAAAGGAGCGUGCAAAAUCUCAAUCUGCGGAUCGGGCGACAAAUGUUCUCGAACGGGAGACUUCUGCUUUCGGUAGUGGGAGCAAAAUGGACGUGUCUAGCCUGGCAUCCUUUGCGUCUAAGUUGACUUCAACCGGUAGUAUUGAUGAUGGUGAAGAGCGCAUUCUUCGACAGGCUGGUUUGCUGGAAUUGGACAGCUCUCCCCGGUCACGAAAGCAGCCCGCCUCUUAUAAUGACACUGAUGCGGACCAGAAGAUGGACGACCAACUUUCGCUGGAGCAGGGUGAUCAGAUCAAUCGAAAACGGCGCAGCCUGCACCGCACUCUGCGAAACUCCCAACAUUCCCACACUGGGCACCACCAUCGCAGCAGGAAACGACGGAGUUCAGUACCAGAUGGAACAGCUAUUCAGGCAGCCCAGGCAGCCCAGGCAGCCCAGGCGGCGAAAGACGAGGCUGGGCUGCCACGGAAGACACCCAGCUUCACCGUUCAUGGUAAAAAGGCCUCGAUCGUGACGUUUGGAUCGGAGUGGCAGACCAUGUCACCUGAAGAGCGGCUGAAGUUGCGCAAGCCUACACCCUCCGAUCCUGCGGCUUCGGAGAAGUCGGAGUCCAUCGUCCCAGAGUCAGCUGAACAGAUGCAGUCUUUACGGCGUUCCAGCAUGGUAGCCAAAUGGAGCUUCCCCCAUCAUGAUGACGAUGAUGAGGGAACGGGACGAGGAACAAAGUCUUUGGACUUGACGAACAAUAGGCCCGUCAUCCAUAUUCCCAAAGCCUCUAACCAGGCUUCUACAUCCAUGCCCGUCUCUCAAAACCCGGAGCAUAAUGAUGAACAACGUCCUUCGAGUCAUGAAGGACCAGCAUCAAGCUCUGCGUCGGCUAGUGGCGUAACUGCAACCACCAUCAGCCAAAAUCCCCCACAUGAAAAACUGCCAGCUAGCCCUGCAGAGCAGGCUGUGACGGCAUAAACUUGAUUGGAUUUGUUUUUGAAAGAGUUGGGCAAAGACAUGGCCAAGUUUAUGAUUUGUAUACCCCUUUGAUGAUUCUAUGUUUCCGUAUCUCCUGCGCUAACGCCUUUUUCUUCUUUAUCGUCUGCUUCUCCAAGUCCUGUAAUAUUAGUCAGGGGAAUAUUACCUUGUGAGUUGAUACUUCUCAGCUGCACUUCCUUUUUUAACUUCGGAUGAGAAGGCCAUAUGCCAUAUGCCACGGUCCUAAGUACCCUGCUUCUGUCCCUUUUGCAUCUUUUCCACCUGUCCCUUGUCUUCUGGCUUUAGUCUAUAGAAGACGGAAAGGAAGCUUACUGCGUGGGAUCAUUAGAUAUGUACUACAGCCUUAUAUGCCUCGUGGCAUUCAUACUGCGAGCCGCCCUUAGAGAGGACGGACCCCAGUUUCAACUUCCCAUGCCAAUCAACCAUCCCUGUCCGACUGCUCUGGAAUGGGAUCCAAACGCCGUUGGUUGCUGCUCCUUCUCAGCUCUUCUCUCAUUUCCUCUAUGUCCUGGUAUUCUUAUGCUCUUAUCUGAAUGUGGUAUACGUCGUGAUAUUCGCGCAUUGUCAAACUGCCAAUACCAUCCCCUGGAUAUUAACCUGAACUAUAACGGAAGACAAGACACAGAUAGAGCUGCUCUAAACUAAAAAUAUUAGUAGAUCUUUUUGAGAAUAAUAGAAUGGAUAGAUACAU